GAACACCUCUAUACGUUGCGCCACCUUGCAAGGCAUAAUAGAAACUAUGAAGCUCACAAUUUGUCUCCCAUAUUAUGCGAGUCUCCUUUUAUAUUGGGUUCCAGCCUCCGGACAUGCACAUUUGCGACGGCAACUGUACGACCGUACGAGUGUGAUUAGAGAGUGUUUUGUAUUGUCAAGCGCUUCGCGACGCUCAAAAGAGCUUAUAAUAUCUACAGCGCUUCAUCGUGAGCUGUGAUCUGCGUCAUCUUCUAGUGCUCCGGACGUUGACAACAUGGCAGAUCAAAACGACGAUCCUUUCGGGCAGAACAACGAUAGAAAUGCGAACAGCAACAGCCAAGCCGAUGCCAAGGGUCUGUUCGGAGGCGGCUGCUGUUCCUUCAGCCUGUUCCCCAAGAAGAGCGACUCGGCCUUCCAAGCGCUGCCCACGUCGCUGGAGAGCGAGGAGUACAACAUGGAGCACACGCGCAGGGGAAAGUGCGUCAUCUUCAACAACAGGACCUUUGACUUCCACACGAAGCUGAGUGAAAGGAGGGGUACCGAUCUCGAUGCUGAGAACCUCUACCUCCGCUUCAGUGCUCUGGGGUUUGACACCGUCAUACACCAGGACUUCAAGGUCAAGCAGAUGCUGUUUGAAUUGGACAGACUGGGGAACGAGGACCACAGCCGCAGCGACUGCUUCGUCUGCUGCAUCCUGAGCCACGGUGACAAGGACGUCAUCUUCGGGACGGACGGCAAGUUCCCGGUGGACAGCGUGCUCGAGCCAUUUCGGGGAGACAAGUGCCCUAGUCUUGUGGGGAAGCCGAAGCUUUUCUUCAUACAGGCUUGCCGCGGCGACCGCCUGGACGACGGCGUUCCCGUAGUCGUGGACACCGCAGACGCGCCCACCCAGGUCUUCCGAAUCCCGACCCACGCCGACUUCCUGACGUGCUUCUCCACUGUGCCAGGCUUCUACUCGUGGCGCAACACCACCCAGGGCUCAUGGUUCGUCCAGUCGCUGUGCAAGGUGCUCCAGCAGCGGGCACGCAACACGGACCUCCUCUCCAUGAUGACGGUGGUGUGCCGCCAGGUGGUGCUCUACUACGAGUCCUCGGUGCCGGGGGACACCGUCAUGGACCGCAAGAAACAAGUACCUUCCAUCGUGUCCACCCUCACUCGCCUCGUCUAUUUCCGUCAGAAGUCUUGAAGGGGCGGCGCUGCCGUGUCGACUGCCCUACUCUGUUUCGGCACGACCCGGUACGUGGCAGCUCUCCGCAGAGGGAGCGUGUAACGACAGCGCAUCCCACUACCCGAUUGGCUCACCAGGGCAGCAGCUUCCGCCCUUUGCAGAGUCAUGCCAGAACAAAGCGUUGCUGCGCGUUCGUCAUUUUUAGAAAAAACUGAAGCGUGUCAUUUCCUGAAGACCCAACCGAUUCUGUCCAAUCUCAUUUUGUUUUAACGAUAACUGUAGAAAAGCGGGCUUCCUUUUGAAAAGGGCCCCUUGGGUAUUUGAGUCCUACUGCUGAGCAAGAUGGCUCCCCCCAUUUCUUUUUGAGAUUUUAUGAUGAAUCACUUCGCUGUUACAAAAAGCAGGAUUGCGACCUUGUUUUUGAUUGGUUCAUGUGGUUUCAUGUUUCUGCAGUCUUAAGAUUUAUUGUAAAGCUCACAUUGGGACCCAACAGCUAGCGUACUAGGAGCUAUGAGAGACUGUGGAGCAUCUUUGUUGAUUUCAGAUAUUAGACAGAGGUGGACCACAGUCCGGGUUUCUUUUGUCAGACCGCAAAAGACGCCAGACCCCUGGCUGUCACGGCCGAAGCGAGUGGAAGAGGACCGGGGGUGUUACUGCCCGAUGCGCCGCAUAGGGCAACCGUUCUGGGCUGUGGGGGUCGUCUGCGACACUCGGAUGUGCAAUCUGGAAAAAUGAACAAUAUGCGGAACAAAUCUCGGAUUUAUUCUCUCCGUUUGCUGGGUUAAACAUCCUUGUUUUUGUCCUUCGAUGCAUUCCUUCGUCCCAGUGAAGUGGGUAAAAUCCGACAUGAAGAAGGGGUACUAGCAAUCUGAAACAGCCAAUGUUGUAUCCCUCCUUCUACAGCUACACCUAUUAAAGUGUGUACACUCCAUUUCCCGAAUGUCUCCCGGACGCUGCCAUGCUGUUUGCCAGCGGGCGCAAUCGGCGACGCCUACGAUUAGAAAACGCGGCCGUCUGGGUCACGACUCCGGGGAGCUUGGGCAAAGUCGUCUUGCUCCGUCAUGAACCGCUUCGACGUUUUCGGAGGACAGAACAGCGUUUCCUGCGACUUGAGAUUAUGCUCCAGAAAACUGGCAACAGUGGUUUUAACCUCCAAGAUGGUCGAAGUUUCGUUAUUCCGAAGCGUUGCUUAUCAAACGGCUUUAGCUCCAGCUUUUCGUCUGGGCACCAUUCUUGGGCAGCGUUCCAAAUCGGUCCUCUCCAAUUACAGGGAAGCCGUCCGUGGAGAGGCGAGCUGGGUGCGUAGGGCGUAUUUAGCGUGAAUUCGGCAGUUUGGCGUGUUUUGGUCGUGCGAAUUGGGACGAAAGAGCCAACCUUACCGCUCAAGUCGGUGCUGCAGACACACACACAUUUCGUCGCAGUUUCGCCUUAUUUGUUGUGCGAGAAAAACGGAACUACAUGACUUAAUUUUUGAUUGGCUGCUUCAUGCCCUACGUUCAAUGUGCCUUGUCCGGUAGUGUUGGCUUUCUUAAUUAGUUGGUACCUGCUUGACAUUCUUUUAUCUUCUGGUUGGUUGUAUCGUGACAAAAGCAUUAUAGUGUGGAGAAAACCCCGUUGAAUCUUCGUCUCUCGUUUUUUUAUACAGUUCAGCAUUGGGCCUGGCAUUGUCUUUGUAGUACUGUUGUAACUUUUGUCUCGCAAAGAACUUUACGAAAUUUCCGGUCUUGUUUUUGGAAACAGUGUGGAUGCUCUGGACACGCUUCAAACUUUUUCUUGAUAGCGUGAAGUUGCCAUAUUUAUGAGGGAAUGUACCGCUGAUUUUCGGAGUCCUUUUUUGCUGUGAUACUGAAGUUCAGGCAGUUUUAAAAUGUUGUAUUCGUCCGUAGUGUCUAAAAGAAUUGACGAUUUUGGUAAGCGUGCCAUUUUGUUUCGAACAAGUUGGACGAUCGUGGGUCUAGCACGGCUUCGGUAACAACAAGUUUAUAUGUGUGGGCUUUUUUAAUUUGACAUUGAAUUUCGGCACAUUUGAAUUCGUUUUGUCCAACUACAUUUGACUCGUACACUCCGAGCCUGCUUGACCACAUGCUCAAGGAGGGGCAUUGUCGUGGCUGUGAGGAACUUGCAAAUUCUCCCCCACGGUCGGAGACGAGUUUACUGUGCUGGGAAUUUUUCAUCGAGUCACGAGGGGGCCUUAUAUUCUGGAACUAUCUUGCUGCUGCCUUCUAUUGCUCACUUUUGUCUCGGAACUACCGGGGACAUUGUAUAACGGGAGUGCCUUCAACGUUCAGACUGGUCUGCAUUUUUAGCUCACGCACUUCAUCUUCUAAGGCAGUACUCACCCUGCCUGUUCGAUGGCAGUCCGUCGUGAAGCGACUUCUCAGGUCCGCUGGCGCUCGUUCCCAAGUGUCUUUGUUUCGUAAUAAUCUAGUGCUAGCAACACCAAAGGAGAAGCAACUUUACCUUGUGGGGAGCGUAUAGUCUGGAUUCCUUUUUUGAAAAAGCGACGAGCACAACUUAGCCUCGAAGACAGCCUCCGAGGAAUGACUUGAGCAAUUCAGGCUUAGUACUGGUUUGCUUAGACCGUUAUUCUGGCAGCCUCCCUAGUUAUGCUAGUAUUACACCAACCGGCACUCUUUUGAUACAGAUGCCCGUCAGCUCGGCAAGAGUUAGGAGCGGCGUGUCUUAAUUUCGGGCAUUUUGUAUUUCAUUGUCUUUCGGAAUGGGUGCCACCAAGUACCUUAUUGGUAGAUUUUGGAUGGCUGAACGUUUCUAUAGUCAUUCUCGAAAAUUCUGCGGAGCAUUGUGCUCGUACGAUAAGAGCAGUGUGGAAAGCUAUGCUGUGCACCUCCGUCGUUGAUAGCGCUGCACAGGACUUGCAAGACGAAGUAUAUAGAAGUUGCUUUUGUAUAAAUUUGUUCUUCCUUCCCUUUAUCACUUUUGUAAAGGGUUAGAGAGGAGAGUAUUUUCUUGCUUUGAAGUGCUGCAUGAAGAUCUUUGUGGUGCUUUACUCUAAAUGAUUGAAUAAGCAUUUGCUCUUUGGAGUGGAUGGUUAUUUUUGUACUGCGCUCGACCAACGCCUUCUAGAAAAAUAAGGCCCGCACUCCGGCUUCAUUACGUCACUGUAGUAGACCAUUGCACGGAGGAAUGGCACAGUCGGCUUGGCUUGUCCGACGCACUGGCGGAGUGGCACAUACUUUCAUAUGGGAAUGCUAGCGUGGUUAUUAUAUGUGGGUUACAGGAGUAAUCAAAUUACCGUAUUUUCCAGGCUAUAGUUUGCGGCUGUACAUGUUUAAAAGUUUAUAUUUCUGGCUGUGCAGACUAUCUAUCCGUGGGGACUAAACAGGAAUUUUAUUUUUCAAGAUCAUUCAUUGUGAGGAGACGUGACGAAAUUUGUGAAGGAGAGAGUAUGUUAAUGAUGAUUUAUGUAUAAUACAAGCUUCUUUGUGAGCUAAGAAAUCAGACAUCUGUCAAGGUCUUCCGUGUAUGAGAAGAUUUUCCUGUCGACUAAGUACCAGGUGCGGAUAUGCACGGUGGGCAGACCAUGUAAGCAAAAACUUUUGUUUUGGCCUAGACUGGCCCGCUGCGGACUGUACACUGGGCGCGGACUAUAGCCCGGAAAGUAUGGUACAACUGUUUAGCUUUAGAAAUGUUCCAACAAAAACCGUUACAAUGACUGACUAUAGAAUAAUGAAGUGAAAACUGAAAGCUCCCCCUUCAUCAUGUUGAGCAAUCUUCUUGGCUUUUUUUUUUUGUGUGUUUUUACAGUCCACAAUAAAAUUAUUUUGUCACUUUAAACUUUUACUCACCAAUGGCAAUAACGACACACAAAGUCAAUAAAACUGUGUAGUGCACCCGGGCAGGCUGGCGAGCUUUGUUGCAAGUGUUCGGCGGUGAAGUUCGCUUACGCUCCAUGCAUGGCCUACAACUAGUGACAUAGCUGACAUCGCGAAACUUGCGUGCGGGUCUCAAGGUUCUAGAGGGUGUUGGCCUAACCCCUGUACUUCUGUGCGGUGGUUUGUGGAAAGCCAUCAAAAAACCAUCUGGUCUGCAGGAUAUGAAAGACAUUUGUAGCGACUUUUAUUCUAAUAAAAUUGUGAGUGUCCUGGAA